AUGCUAGACGGUAUAUGGAGAUGGAGUCUGAAUCAGCUCAUGUACAGUGUAUUCAUUUUGCAUAUAUAUAUUGGAUUGGUUGCAUGCGGUAAAGCAUACGGCAAUGAAAAAAUUGAUAGAAUCGCUCUCAGGUUGCAAGCAAAAGAAAUGUUCAUGCACGGGUAUAAUUCGUACAUGAAAUAUGCAUAUCCUCAUGAUGAGCUGAUGCCACUGUCAUGUAAGGGACGGCAACGAGGUGUUACACCACCACGAGGGGAUGUUGAUGAUGCUUUAGGGAAUUUUUCACUGACUCUUGUCGACUCACUGGAUACGCUAGUCGUUUUGGAUGAAUUGGAUGAGUUCGAAAAGUCUGUGGAACGAAUUGUAAAGAAUGUUCGCUUCGAUUCAAACUUAGUCGUGUCCGUUUUUGAAACGAAUAUUAGAAUGGUGGGAGGAUUAAUAUCAGGCCACGUAAUGGCUAAACUGGUACAGUCAAAGGACGAGAAUCGUUUAGGAUGGUAUAAAGACGAAUUGUUGCAGAUGGCUGCUGAAUUAGCUGAUAAGCUUCUUCCUGCUUUCAACACGAGCAGUGGAAUUCCUUAUUCUAGAAUAAAUCUUAAAUAUGGAAUGUUGGAUUUUCUGCGGCAACAGCACGAUACUUGUACAGCUUGUGGAGGAACGAUGAUUCUCGAAUUUGCUGCACUAAGUCGACUUACGGGUAAACCAAUCUAUGAGGAAAAAGCUCGCAAAGCAAUGGAUUUUCUUUGGGCUCAGAGACAUCGUGGGAGUGAUUUAAUGGGUACUGUAUUAAAUGUACAUUCUGGAGAUUGGAUAAGAAGAGAUGCAGGUAUUGGUGCAGGAAUCGAUUCUUAUUACGAGUAUUGUUUGAAGGCAUAUAUUUUAUUGGGCGACGAGAGAUAUUUAUAUCGCUUCAAUAAGCAUUAUGAUGCUAUAAUGAGGUAUGUUAACAAGGGUCCAUUAUUUAUUGAUGUUCACAUGCAUAAACCAACAGUUGCUGCUAGAACUUACAUGGAUUCCCUGCUGGCGUUCUGGCCGGGCAUACAAGUUUUGAAGGGUGAUUUGAAAGCAGCUAUCGAAUUUCACGAAACACUUUAUCAAAGGCACAAAUUCUUACCGGAAGCAUUUACGCAUGAUUUACAAGUUCAUUGGGCUCAACAUCCUAUUCGACCAGAAUUUAUUGAAAGCACCUAUCUGCUGUAUAGAGCAACGAAGGAUGAGCAUUACUUACGUGUAGCCCAAAAUAUUCUGGAUAGUAUGAACAAAUUUUUGCGAGUUGAAUGUGGAUUUGCUGCUGUCAAAGAUAUCCGUUCAAUGAAUCAUGAAGACCGAAUGGAUUCUUUUGUGCUUUCGGAAACACUGAAAUAUCUAUAUAUGAUUUUCACGGAUUCUUCUGACUUACCAAUUGAUUUGGAUAAUUACGUUCUUACUACCGAAGCUCAUUUUAUUCCGCUAUCAGUCGGUGAUACUAAUAACAGCGAAAAACUUCCACGUCGUUUGAUCAUUGAUCCGGAUGAAAUAAUUGAUGAUGAAAAUGCAUUAAUGACUAAAAAAUUUCAAUCAGCAUGUCCUGCAACCGUGAUUAAUGAGAAGUAUGAUAGUUUACCAGCUUAUGCGGAAGAAUUGCGUAACAUUGUACAGAGUGUCGUCAAUGAACUAACGAAAAAUUCGGAAAGCUUCAGUAGUUGUUCAAAAAUGCCAAAACGUCUAAGUGCCUGGUCCUUUAGUGCAACAAAUGUUGAACAUAUGAAGCAGUUAAAGCAGAUGGGAAUCCAGAUGCAAUUUCAAGUUGAUGGACAUGUUCAUCUUACCCAUUCACCGGAGUCGGGCGAAGCGAAUGAAUUCACUACCGAGAGCGAAACACUGGCUGAGAGUGAUAAUAUGUUGAAUAGUGUGUGCAUGUUGGAUAACACAGCAUCGGUGAAAAAGCAAGCAAAUAUCUACAUCGUUCAUCCAUCGCAUGCUGCCGUUACCCAAUUACUCUCCAUUAUCAUGCUUGUUAUCCUACUAUGGCUUUCUGUCAUGAUUGUGGCUGGGGUUGUUGUGUGUGUUGUUGUUUGUGGCUAUCGAAUAAUAGCUAUGAGGCGAUCAACUGUUAAUCCAGUAAAUAUAGAAGAAUCAGAUGCUUCUGAAUGUGUGGUCAUAAAGGAUGAUAAUGACGAUAAUGAUGAUGAUGACGAUGAUGGUGAUGAUGAUGAUAAUGCUAUUUCUCCGGAAUGGGCCGUUCUUGGUAGUGAGUUUAUUCAAGAAAUGAUCAUGAUGGCAGGCUCCGAGAAAUAUGGACUUGGUUUUAAUGAUGAUCGAAUUGUCCAAGUGGUAUCGCAGCCUGUAUUUGGGACGCUGCAUUGGCGAGCUGCAUCUGCGCAGUUUGGCCAAAAUUUGAAUCGUAAGGCAAUAAUCGCAGAAGUACAAAUUGCUGUACCUUUUCGUGCCUGUGGACCAUUGACAAAUGCACUGAGAAUAAGUGGUCGUAUUGCAAUUGUUCAACGCCAGGAUUGCAUGUUUCAAGAAAAAGCGCGUUAUGUUCAGGAAAGUGGUGCUGUUGGUAUCAUUAUUAUUGACAACACUAUUGGUACAAGUAUCGAUUUGCUGCCACCGUUUGCAAUGUCUGGUGAUCAGACCAUCAAAGAUGAUAUCGUUAUCCCGGCUGUUUUUCUUUAUAACAAAGAAGGUCUUGCUUUUAUGGAGCACAUUGUGCACUAUCCAAAUUCUCUAGUGCGUCUCUCUGAUCGACUCUCAAAUCCAUCCUACUUAUUUGAGAAUUUUGCACGUCACGGUAGAAACAAAUAUCCGUCGAAUAAACCGAAUUUCUUGGAGGACAUGGAUUAUUCGGAGGAUAUCAUUGUGAUUGAUAGUUCUUUGCCAGCUGUGCUGCUCAAUUUUCGAUUCGCUUCAAUUAGUACAGAAAAUAACACCGAAGAUAAGCAAAAGGUAAUAGAAGAAAACAUCGAGGAAAUGCAAAAACUAUAUAAUUUUGCAACGGAAUCCGAUACGGUGAUGUUUUAUAAUGUAAUACGUCAAAUAGGUUACUGGCAGCUUGGCCUAAAUAUGAAGCCAACAGAGUUAAGAUCAUUGCUUAUGGCAGCUUCGGAUGUUCUUGCUGAAAUCGAAAGAAGCUUCCAUAAAUUACAGGAAUCGAAAGAUUGCCAUUCUUUGCUCAAGAAACAUUUAUCUAAAGUCAAAGUGAAUCAGCUGAAAGAUAAAAAGACAAAACUUGGUGCAACGCUUCUGGAUGUCAUGCAGUCCGGUGUAGCAAAUCUUGAUUCUGGUGUAUUGGGACAGCUUAUCAAAGGUUUAAAGGCAGUUGAGCAAAGUUUACCGUUCUCUAGAGAUCCACGUCUUGGUUGGCUUACUUCUUGUCCAACAAAUCUGGGUACUACAAUACGUGCAUCAGUGCACAUACGUCUUCCAAAGAUUAGCAUAAAACCAGAUUUCAAGAAGAUAUGUGACGGAUUGAAACUUCAGGCCGUGAAACAGAUGCACGACGGUGUGAAACAGCUUAUCGAAAUGGAGGAGAAGGCUUAA